AUGCCACAACCAUCCUCACCAACGAAACCAAAACGUCGUAAUUCAUUAAGAGAACAGUGGGACACCACCACAAAAGUCGUUAAUGUAAAACAAAAGAUUCAUUCAAACAUAGCUGAUAAAUAUACGGAAUUACAAAAAUCAACCUUCACAAGAUGGGUUAACUUGCAAUUACGUAUGAUUGAUAUUAAUCAUAUGGAUAAUUCCUCCUCAAAGAAAAAAUUUCCAGAAAUCAAGGCAAUUGACAAGGAUUUUCGAGAUGGAAAAAAAUUAAUACAAUUACUUGAAAUAUUAUAUCCAAAUGAUUCGGAAUUACCAAAACUUGAACGUGGUAGUACGAGACAUCAUCAAAUUGCUAACGUUAGUAAGGUAUUGAAAUUCUUACAAAAACAUUUGGAUGAAAAAGGUUUAACCGCAUUGGCGGCUAUAGGCGCUGAAGACCUCGUUGAUGGUAGUGUUAAGUUGACUUUAGGAUUGAUUUGGUUAAUGAUUUCAAAAUUUAUACAAACGUUUAGCGUACAAUUUGAAGUUACUGAGGAGGAAUUAGAAGAAGUUGAAGAAAGAUUUAAAGAAACUAUGAAUAAUAAGAAAGAAUACAAUAAACACGAUGACAUUCAAAAGCUUUUGUUUAAUAAUGAUGAUGAAAAUGAAAUAAAGUCUUUUGAAGAAUUUCAACAACAAUUUAGAUCUCAUUUUAUUAGCGUCGAAGAAAUCUUUAAUGAGAAAGUUAUUUCUCCUACAAUUUACGAGGAAGAAGAAAUAGAUACGUGUAAUGCGCAAACAUCCGCAGAAGAUAAUUCCCCCAUCACUUCUCCCUCUCCUUCACCCUUAGUUCCUGAAAUAAUCAUUUCAGAGCUUCCAAAAAAAAAUUUGCUAAACUUAUCAAAGUCUGAAAAGCGAUUAUCAUUACCAAUAUUUCAAUCCACGAUCACUAACGAUAAUAAAUCAAAUGACAAUCAAUCCUCAAAGCGGUUUACAACCUUACGUUUGAAUUCUUCACCAAUAAAUUCCAAUACGUCUAAUUUAUUGUUUUGGAUUAACAUGCAAUUAAUUAAUUAUACAACGUUAUUACCUUCAUCGAAUUAUCCUUUGGAAGAUUUUAUAGGAUUGAAUGAUGGUAUCGUAUUAGCUGCUCUGAUUAAAUGUUUGAACAUUGAAUGGGAAAUGGGGGAAAUAGAUUUACUAAACCCUGAAGAGAUUAAGAUUGAAUUAUGUGAUACCAAAGACCUAAGCGAAGAAGAACUUUGUGAAAGAGAACUUUAUAAAGAGUUCAAAGCAAAAGAAAGGUUAUCAAAAUGCUUUAGUAUUAUAGAGAAGAAGUUGAAAGUACAACAACCAAAAGCUUUAAUUUCAAUGUUGAUCGAAAAAGAUUAUAAUGAUAAAGAAAGAUUGAAGAGAACUGGAUUAGCUUGGAGUGUUUAUAUAAGUGAAAUUUUUUUGACUAUAACUAAUGCCAAGAAUAAACGAAAGGAAUUGAAAAGACGGAGUAGGUUGUUAAUGAGUGAUAUCGAAGAAAAUACAGAAGAGAAAGAAGAAAAGACCGAAAAAGGAAAGGAGAAAGAGAAGGAAAUUCCCAAAGAGCACGUUAUUAAAUUCGAUUAUGACGCUAUAUACAAUCAUCUACCUUCAAGCAUUGAUGAUAAUCAGAAGAAAAAUAAGAAAUCAAGGGGAUGUCUUCCGUUCUUUAAUGCGCCAGAUGACGAUGACGAUCCAUUUUUGCCACCUUGGACACCUCCUGCCGCCUCUUUAAUUUCCAUGAUAUGGGAAUGGACUUUAAAUUGGCUAUUAAAUAAUGAAGAGGAUGAUGAUGAAAUGGAUUUUUUCUUGGGAGUAUAA